AACGGCAAUUCCAAUGACCAAAAAUACACGGAUCCAAACACUGUAGGCCUAUUUUAUAUCGUAUUAAAAUAAAUAGCGUUUUAAUCUUUACAUUUCGUACCUGCGCAAAAUGUGCGCAAGCUUGAUUUGCUGCACAUCAAGGCAACAAAGUAAGUGCACACUUCCUGUUGGUGGGAGAGAUUAGUGCGGCUCUGGUUCAGCACCGGUCCACUGCAGAUAUGCCGAAAAUAAGGUGAUUUAAAACAAAGAUGGGUCCUCGUAGUUAUUUAUGUUAAGAGCAGUUUAUUGUCUGAGUUUCCUGUCCGACUGAGCAGAUAGAAGAGCAGCUGCAUGUUCCCUCUGAGCAGCUGGCUCAGCUGAUUCACUCACAGCAGAGGAGGAGCUGCCUUCUCUCCUUCUCUCCUUCUCUCCUUCUCUCCUUCUCUCAGGCUCAAACUAACAACCCGUCUGUCCAAAGAUGUCGUGGUUGAAUCAUGUCUCUCCAGGCUCGAACCAGCAGCAGCAGGAGCCGCAGCAGGAGCCUCCAGACCGGCUGUGUAGCAGGCUCAGGGCUCCGACACAGGGACCCCCAGCCAUGGCGAGCCACCACUGGACCUUCUGCUCCACUCCCAGCCCGGAGGACUUCCCACCAGCUCCACCGGGGGCCAUCAACCCCCCCAGCCUGGAGAACCUGUCCUGCGCCUCCCUGAGUGCGGACCGGAUGAGGGAGCCGGAGCCCAUCUCCUAUGUGAGCCUCCAGGAGCAGCGGUGCGUCCUGAGCUGGUUCCAGGGCUGGAGCGACACCCAGAGGGAGAGGUUCCUGCAGGACCUGCUGGGGAAAGCUGUGCCUGGGAAAGUCUGCACCCUCCUGGACUCACUCAGCACCCUUCAGGUUAAAGACAGACUACCAAACAUCUUUGAAUGCCAGCUGCGUCUGUGGACCCAGUGGUUCGAGACUUGGGGAGAAGAGGAGAGGAAUCAUUUCCUGCACAUACUGGAAGAGCGGGACCCAGUUUUCGUAGCCCACUUUUACCGGAGCGUAGCCGGGACGGCAGGAAGAGACUGAACGGGGUUUGAGUUGUCAUGGAAACAGCAAGCGAUCAUAGUGAAAUGUGUUCAACAGGUGACGUGUGGUGGGAAAUGUGUGUUAGAUCUGAGAUAGUUCUAGAUGGGAGUUAUUGUUGAAGAUAAAUCAUUACAUUGUGAGAACAGACGUGUUCAUAGGCUGUUUUUAUUCUGGUUUCUCCAGGGCGACAUCACACAUUAUGACAUGUUUUUUUUAAAAGUUAAAAAGACUUCUUGCUCAAUGCUUUCAUCAUGCAUAAAGUUCUGCCAACUAGCGACCCAAUGGCUUUCACAAAAAAACAAAAAAACAGGUUUGACAUCUGGCUGAAACAUGAAUAAACUUCCAGGCUAAUUUUUUUUCUGUUAGUGAUUGAAACACUUGGAAUGGCAAAUGGACAAAAGGAUAAAUUCUUUUCAAGCAAAAAAAUAAAGAAAAUGCAUAUUGUA